UCUUUGGAGAAGAAAAACCUUAAGAUGGCAGGCAAAGGAAGUAACACAGACUGCAUGUCAUGCAGUGUACUGAACUGGGAGCAGGUCAGCCGUCUGCAUGAGGUUCUUACAGAGGUGGUGCCGAUCCAUGGACGAGGUAACUUCCCAACGCUGAAGAUAACUCUGAAGGACAUUGUUCAGACUGUUCGGAGUAGGCUGAGUGAAGCAGGCAUUGUGGUACAUGAUGUCCGUCUGAAUGGCUCUGCAGCUGGUCAUGUCCUAGUCAAGGAUAAUGGGCUGGGAUGCAAAGACCUGGAUCUCAUUUUUCAAGUCUCUCUUCCAAGUGAGGCAGAGUUUCAGUUAGUUCGAGAUGUGGUGUUGCGAUCCCUCUUGAAUUUCUUGCCAGAAGGAGUAAGCAAGCUAAAAAUCAGUCCGGUAACACUGAAGGAAGCCUACAUCCAGAAGCUAGUCAAAGUGUCCACAGAGUCUGACCGCUGGAGCUUGAUAUCUCUUUCCAACAAACAUGGCAGGAACGUGGAGCUGAAGUUUGUAGACUGUAUAAGGCGACAGUUUGAGUUCAGUGUGGACUCUUUCCAAAUCAUACUGGACUCCCUGCUCUUUUACUAUGACUACUCAGAAACCCCCAUGUCGGAGCACUUCCAUCCAACUGUGAUUGGGGAGAGUAUGUAUGGUGACUUUGAAGCAGCUUUUGAUCACCUCCAGAACAAGCUGAUAGCUACCAAAAAUCCUGAAGAGAUCCGAGGUGGUGGGCUUCUGAAGUAUAGUAACCUCUUAGUACGAGACUUCAGGCCCAUGGAUAAGCAUGAGAUCAAAACAUUAGAGCGCUACAUGUGCUCCCGAUUCUUCAUAGACUUCCCAGACAUCCUGGAUCAGCAGCGCAAACUAGAGACCUAUCUCCAGAACCACUUCUCCAAAGAAGAAAGGAGCAAAUAUGACUACCUCAUGAUUCUGCGCAGGGUGGUGAAUGAGAGCACAGUCUGUCUCAUGGGACAUGAGCGGAGGCAGACUCUCAACUUGAUUUCUCUGCUAGCACUCAAAGUACUGGCAGAACAAAAUAUCAUCCCUAAUGCCACUAAUGUUACCUGUUACUACCAGCCAGCACCUUAUGUUAGCGAUGUGAACUUCAGCAACUACUAUCUUGCAAAUGCUCCUGUGCCGUACAGCCAGUCCUACCCCACUUGGUUGCCUUGCAAUUGAUUGUUUCACUUGGGCAUUCUUGAGUGGAGGCAACUGAAGGCCAAGAUUCUGAGUGUAUAUAUAGACAAGUAAUAACUGUCACUUGGAGGUUUUCUAAUGGAAACAUGACUGCAUUGGACUGUUCAUUUCCUGGUGUGCAGUAGGAAUAUGCAACCAGGUGACCUGCAAUGACCCUUUCAGUAUAUCUCUACAAAUGCCAAGAAGCCUUAUUUCCCCUUCAUUAGGAGAAGAGAACCAGCAGCCAAAUGUUAAGAGGACUACUAGUUCUGGAAGUGGCUAUUAACAUGCGAUCUAAGUGGACUAUUCAGUAAACUGGGUUAGUUAAUAGAGGAAAAACUGUAAAGUGUCUUGAGCAGAGCAGAAGCCACUCCUGGAAUAGCAGCAAAACUCUGCUUUCUAUUGCCUAACCUCAUUAUUCUACACUUCCUCAGUUCAAGAUCUGGCCAACUUUCUAUUGAACUAAUCGUGCGGGAGUGGGCUCUGUCAUGCUUGGGAUGCUUCUACUUUCUGGCUGUGUAGAACUAGUAACAGUAUGGAUACUGUCUGUCUUGUAGAGGGCCUAAAUGUUGUUUCCUGUAGUACCUAGGGAUAUAUGGUCCUGCCUCAAGUUCAAGAUUAAUUUCUUGGAAGUUGAAGAUGGAUUAGUAAGUCUAUCUCUAACCCAUGAGCUGGCUAAAUUAUUCUUGAGUACAAAAAUUUGGAAGAUGGCAUCUCUAAACAUGCACCAAAACAUGAUUUAAAACUUGCUAAUGUGAAAAGUUCUUGAAAUGAGGAAUUGAAGACUUAAAUAGAA